AUGUGCAUGCCUUCUCACGGGGAUCUGACUUAUUUGAGCCCCUGCAAGUCGGAGACAGACUGGCCAAGGGUCAAUCUACUCAAGAUCAUCGGGCCUUGCCACACGGUGUCCUCCUUCCUGAACAUCAGUUCCGUGGUCAUGACGAAGUGGGACGAGGCAUUGGGAAAGAUCCUUUUGGUCUUCACCUACGGCUCCGGCUGUGCCAGUUCCAUGUACCAGCUUCGCUUCGACGACAUCGCCUGGUUCGAUCCCCUGGCUAUCUGGAAGGUGAAGCAGUUCUACCGCAACGCCAUCAAUGUGCGGCCAGACCUCCGUAUGCACCAGGUCUACAUCGACACCUGGAUGAAGUUCGACUACAGGCCUCAUGGGCGCAUCUCCUUCGGCUUCGGCUACGAGACCUACGAGCUGAUGUUUGCGGCACUCCCGCGGGCCCUCCAGCUACAGAUGGCCAACUCUCCGCCCAGAGCCACAGAGGUGUCGCAUGUUCCGCAGGCACGUCAAGCCGAAGCACAUGCUCACGACAUGAAGGCCUCCUGGCAGACAACCUUCGCUCAGUGGCGCAAAGCGCCAUGGCACCAGAAGAAACGACGCAGAGGCCGCCGAGGCAAACGCACAUGGCUCCGAAGCGAGCAGAAUGUCAAUCAGAAGCUCGAGCACGUCAUCAAGCAGCGCUGGAGCGACGAACAGGAGUACUUGUUUGUGCCACUUCCACAAGUGUUGUAG